AACAGUCUCAUGGCAUGAAUCAUAGAAUCCUUUAAGUACGAAAGCUUUUUGUUCACCCAAGUCUCAUCACCUUCACAAACAAGUGUCCGUCUUUGGAUAAGGCGAUUAAUCAGCAGUGAUCUGUUAUCUAUUAUAUUUGUCAAAAUCCGGUCCCUUGGCGCCUCAGGAGCCACACUUGCGUCUUCCCUCCCAUACCCACUACUAUGCAUCACGCAUUGCUAGUCGACGAGAUUCUGCUGAGCAUACUUUCCGUGGUGCGAGAAGCAGAUGCAUCAUACAGCCAGCUCAACGCUCUCGCUCGGACAUGUCACUUCCUAUCACAUUUGGCAUUGGACUUUUUAUGGUCGGAUUUGCCGGACCUAAGGCCCUUACUCCAAUUCAUGAAACCAAGGAUACCCAAGGACCCGCGCACAUCAGUACCAUGCAUAUCCUUCUUACGAGCUGCGUCUCGUGUCCGUAAAUUAUCAUGUCCUGCUCUGGCAUGUUCGGAUACCAAUUCCCAAAUCGCCCUUACAGAACAACUGAGAUUAUUAAACAUGAUGCGCAUUACGACCCCGUUGUUUCCCAAUCUUCGUCGACUGUCGUGGACUGACACUGAUCAAUCACGCUAUGUGUAUAUCGGACUAUUCCUAAGUCCUACUCUGGAGUCGUUCGAGCUGGAUUUCUUUUUCCACAAACCUCCCGACUUUCCUUUCCUAGCCUUACUGCCCGAACUCUGUCCCAACCUCCACAGCAUGUCAAUAAGCAAGCAUUCUGUCAUAUCUUUAUCAGAAGACGAGGGUCCCUCCGCCGUUCAGACAAUUUGUCAGCUACCUCGUCUCACUUCCUUAAAAUGCAAGUCAUCGACCAUCAGCGAAGCAGAUCUUCUACACAUAUCUCAACUCAAGUCACUCACGACUUUAAGCUUGGGCAUCCCUUCGUGGGUGUCAAGUGACUACGAAAGCUUAGGGCCUCGUAGUUCCAGGACAGGCAAGGACUGUGCUGAUCGUUCGUGGUUUUGCAAUUUGCGCAAUCUGCAUCUUCGCGCAUAUAGUUUGCCAAUUAUCACAUCCUUUGUAGAACCUGGAUGCAGGCCCCUGCAGUCAGUUGUCUUCGAUAUCUCUGAAGCACCAACUACCGCAUCCUUGACAGAGUGUUUUAGCACACUUUAUUCUAGUCAAUGCGACAAAGAAUGCUGCGCAAUCCGUUCCAUUGAAGUGCACGACAGACUUCUAAAUGCUACACUUGGAUUCUCCCAGCUUCUUCCCGACUCAAAGAUCAUCACAGUGGAUGUAUUCAAACCACUUUUCGCUUUCACCAAACUACGAGUUUUUGAUCUGGGCGUGUGCCUGUCAUUUUCUCUGGGUGACUCGGAUCUUACAGCAAUGGCAAGCUCCUGGCCAGAACUUGAGGUCUUUUGUCUCAAUGAAGGGCGUAGUUGGCAUCCGUCCGCUUCUGAGCCUAGAUCAUCAAUCACUAUCCGCGGUCUCCAAUCGCUGUGCGCUCUGUGCCCGAGGCUCUAUCGAAUUGCGAUAGUCUUAGAUGCCCUGCCACCCUGUCCCAUAAUGUCCCUAUCCACACAGCAGGAUGCAACUCUGGCUCGCAAUUUGGCAGUGACUUGUCUGAGCUUAGGAGAUUCGAGGUUGGCCAAUCCACAAGAUGUCGCAUGUGCCUUGUCCAAUAUCUUUCCCCGACUGAAGAAAAUCAUUGCGUGGCAGCAUCCUUUAGAUACAAUGGCUAAAGGACGGUAUUAUCGCAAGCUAUGGGAGGAAGUAAACGAUAUCUUGACAUUACAGCGGUAGUCGAGUGAUGUAUAAUGGACCAUUAAUAUAACUGUACACAAGAAAUACGUAUAUGAAGUUUUU